UGGGACCUUGGAGCUCUUCUAGUCCAAUGCAGUGAAGACCUUAUAAAUUCAUCAAAGAAAGACAUGAGAAUGUGAUCUUUGUCAGGUGCAUUUCAAUGCUUUCAAAUAUUUUGUCUUUAUGCAGAGGAAAUAAAAUGGUACAAUGGAGGACGGUGAGGAGUCAGACGAAGAUGUUGAAACCAAAGGGAAAUCAACCUUUGAUACCAAAACAGCUGUUAUUCUCUGGGCUUCCACACUCAUGUUCAUUUCGUCUCUCAUCUUGUGUACUCUGUAUUAUGUUCACUUAAAUAGAAUCACUCAAACAAUUCAAGCUAUGGAGACAAUUCGAUCAUUUCUGACUGCUCAAAAUCAAACCAAGGAAGAAAUGAACGAUACAACUGUACUGGGUGUAGCUAUUGCCUUAGUGAAAGAACUGGAAUUCUCUCUCAAGGAAAUGGAAGAGAUAGAAGAAAGCAUUGAAAUGAUAAAAGAGAAAAAAGAAUCAGGCUGGAAAGGUUUUGAAGGCCACCUCUAUUAUAUUUCUGAAUCAACCAUGAUAUUUCCUGAAGCCAUCCUGGAAUGUAAAGACCUGGACUCUGUUUUGGCUCCUAUACUUGACCUCAAGACAGAACACUUUGCAGAAUUUAUGACUCAAUUCUCAAGAGUUGGUGUGUGGAUUGGACUUUGGAAGGAGAAAAGCUGGACCUGGGUUCAUGACAAUUCAACGUUGAAAAAAGGUUUCUGGAAACGAGGAGCACCAAAAGGAAGGAACCUGUGUGUCGAAAUUGGAAAAGAUUGUACCAGUAAAGGGCAAUGUUGGAAUAACAUUGCUUGCGACCAAACCAAACAUGCCCUUUGUAGACUGGCUGCAAAUCCACGUUGGAUAUCUUAAGAUACGGUUGCCCCAAUCUCCACGCCAAAGCAACAACCCGUGAAGCUUUCUUUCUUCACCAAAUCAAGAGCUGUGCCAUUUCGGUUACUACCUUGCAGAAAAAGAGUGCCACCCUGUUGCUUGGACGCUUUCCCAACCAGUUUCUCCCAUGCUAGAAAAGAGAUUUCUGUGUGAAUUGGGGAAGCAGAAGACCUCACGAGCUCAUGUUCUGGUGCCAAGGAUGGACCCAGAUUAUUAACAUUGGCUUCCCCUCAUUCUCCCCUUCUCCAAAGACCACCCUAUCCUUUUGAUCCAACUUCUUGGCAUUAAAAGAGAUCAAAAUGCAUGCAUUUGAAGUUCUAAAAUCUUCCCAGAUUGCCUGCAUCCCUGGCCCAGAAGACCCUUCCAGCAUCUG